CGAACCUUCGAUUGGGUCCAGAGAGAUGUCAGUCAAGGGAUAGGCGGGUGCAAUAGCAAUUCGACGCACAGUAUUGGUGGAGAUACGAAGCAGACGGAAUGGGGGCGGAACGGUCGGAGGGGAUCGGCUUCGCUUGAUUGGGCCAUAAAGGAGGCAGUGCCGCCCUCCGUACUCCGGAUUGGCUGAACGUGAGCCGCGCCCCCUCACGCCGGCAACCUUGGGGAUGUGCAGAUGGAGGCCGGAGGAGGCACUGCUGCCCCAGCCCCCGGGGACGCGGAGGACUUGGAGGAGAUGCGGUUCCCCAGUGAGGAGGCUAGAGACGGUGGAGGGAUUUGCAGGGACCUACCCGGUACUGGAGAUGCGAGCGUGGAGAAAACAGGAUCCGAGACCAAGGACCAGCCACCCGGCCUGCUGCUCCAGCCCGAGGCUCCGUCAUGCACCUAUGGGCUCUGGGGUCCGGCAGCCUCUGAGAACAGUCCCGUGGGUGGCCCUGAGAGUGGCUCAGGGGGCCAGGGCGGGGACCCCAGUGACGAGGACUGGCGCAGCAAGCGGAAGCACGUGUUCGUGCUGAGUGAGGCCGGCAAGCCCAUCUACUCGCGGUACGGUAGCGUGGAGGCAUUGUCGACUACCAUGGGUGUGAUGACAGCCCUCGUGUCCUUCGUGCAGAGUGCAGGAGAUGCCAUUCGCGCCAUCUAUGCUGAGGACCACAAGCUGGUGUUCCUACAGCAGGGCCCACUGCUGCUGGUGGCCGUGUCAAGGACUCCUCAGUCAGCAGCCCAGCUGCGGGGGGAGCUCAUGGCCGUGCACGCACAGAUCGUGAGCACCCUGACGCGCGCCAGCGUGGCCCGCAUCUUCGCGCGCAAGCAGAACUACGACCUCCGCCGCCUGCUGGCCGGCUCGGAGCGCACUCUAGACCGGCUUCUGGACAGUGUGGAGCGGGACCCGGGUGCCCUGCUGCUGGGCGCCGUGCGCUGCGUCCCUCUCGCUCGCCCGCUGCGGGACGCGCUGGGUGCGCUGCUCCGACGUUGCACGGCGCCUGGCCUGGCCCUCUCGGUGCUGGCGGUUGGCGGUCGCCUGGUGACAGCAGCCCAGGAGCGGACUGUGCUGGCCGAGUGCCGGCUGGACCCAGCCGACCUGCAGUUGCUGCUGGACUGGGUGGGGGCACCGGCCUUUGCGGCGGGCGAGGCCUGGGCGCCUGUGUGCCUGCCCCGCUUCAACCCCGAUGGUUUCUUCUACGCCUACGUGGCCCGCCUGGACGCCAUGCCUGUCUGCCUGCUGCUGCUCGGCACCGACCCCGAGGCCUUCCACGACAUGGCCACCUGCCGGCGCCUGGUCGAGGACGGCAUGCACUCCCUUGGGGCCAUGCGCACCCUCAGGGAGGCUGCCAGCUUCUCCAGCACCCCAUCGGCCAGUGCCUCGGCCUACAGUGUGCAGGCUGUGGAGGCCGCCGGCCUCCGGCACUUCCUCUAUAAGCCGCUGGACAUCCCCGACCAUCACCGCCAGCUGCCCCAGUUUACCAGCCCCGAGCUGGAGGCCCCGUACAGCAGAGAGGAGGAGCGACAGCGCCUGUCCGACCUGUACCACCGCCUGCACGCGCGCCUCCAUAACACCUCGCGGCCCCUGCGCCUCAUUUACCACGUGGCUGAGAAGGAGACGCUGCUGGCCUGGGUGACCUCCAAAUUUGAGCUGUACACCUGCCUCAGCCCCCUGGCGACCAAGGCAGGUGCCAUCCUCGUAGUGACCAAACUCCUGCGUUGGGUGAAGAAAGAGGAGGAUCGUCUCUUCAUUCGUUACCCACCCAAGUACUCCACACCCCCAGCAGCCCCAGCUGCCUCCACGGACCAAGCUUCCCAUAACGGCCUGUUUACUGCACCUUGAGAGGCAGAGCUCCCAGACUGGGCCGUGUGGGCCGGGGGGUGGCGGGGGGGGGGGUUGCUGGUGGUGGUGUCUGUGGCUGGUCCCUGUCUCCCCGGGCAAUGGAGCAAGAUCUGGGGGGCUGCCCACACAUGAGAGAUGGGUGGCGGCGUGACGGCACGCAGGUGAGCCGGCUGCUUCCCUGGCCCCCGCCUGCCCCUCCACCUCUGGGGAAAUCCUUAGGACGCCCUCUUCCCCUCCCUCUGCCACGCCUCCUUCACCUGGAUGAUGUUCCAGCCUCUGUCAGGGACCGUCUCCUCCAAUCCUGGCCACCACACCCUCUGUCCUGCAUCAGGGGUCUGCCUCCCGCAUGGGAUCUCAGCCCUGAGGGUCCACGGCUGGCCAGGGUCUCCUUGGGUGGCCCACGGGGGUUCUGGAGUUGGAACGCAGGACCAGCCUGUGCCCAGAAGCGGCCUGAAGAUAUUUUAAAGAAAAAAACUGCACAUAAAAAGCCUAAUACCGAUCCCCAUAAGGACAUUCCUUUGCGCUUCAUGUACUUCAUCUUUACCCAGUCAAAAAUGACCCCCAUCAGUGUUGGCUGCUGCUAACAUUAAUAAGAUGGUCUCUAGCGUCUGCCUGUCUGUGUAACCUGGGGCAAAGCACCUGACUUCACAUGGUGGCUGAGAUCCAGAAUUUUUACAUAGAUCCACUUACCUUCCACGGCUCAUUCUACUCACUCAUGAAAUGCAGAUACCUAACCUCUCAUAGGCUGUUAAGUGAGGAUGCGUGAACGAAAAGGGACUCAACGCUUGCGUACCACCACACAGCGCAUGGACGUUUGUCCCAGACUUGCACAACCUGCACAACACAAGCAUCCUGCAGAGGGAGAUAGCGAGACCUGCCGGUAAUUUCCAUGCGUGCACACAGCACUCACUCGCCAAUGACCAAGACCCUAGUUUUGCCCUUCUUUUCUCUAACCUGGAGUUGCAGGCCACCACGCGUGCGCGCCAACUGUCGCUCGGGGGCUCUGGGCUGUCCCCUCCCGGGAGCGGAAAGCCCAUCGCUCCUCAUCCUGGUCAACGGACGCACAGAGACGCACUAGGCGCCUGCGCUCUGCACAGCCUAUCCGCCCUCGCGUGUUUUUUUUUUUUUUUUUAAACCAAUCAUCGUCCAAAGCGCAGGCGCGCCAGCCGUGCGUGCGUUGGAAAAUGGCGGGGAAGUUGGAGCCUUCGGAAGUGGCGCCGCUGGAAGUCCUUGAGGAGGAUGAAGGUAGUGAGGGCAAGUGGGCCUCUGGCAGCCAGGGUAGAAGGAAGGGAGGCUUCGUCCCCUUACAAUAAUGAAAUAUUGAUAGCAGUACUUAAGGAAGAAAAAUUGUAAGCCUUUUAUAAAAAAAAAAAUGCUCUUCAAUAAAGUGCAGAUAAAUAACAUGUAUAUUCUCAGCA